CCGACGAUUGAAAUCACACCAGUUUCACCAUCCAUUAACCGUUCAAGAAUGACUUGUUUAUCCUGCUCCCUGCCAAAAACCCGAGAUUCGUCAACAAGAGAAGAAGUAGAGCGCGUUUUGGGCAGGAAGGAAAGAAGGAUGGCAUCUGGGUUUUCUGGCGGUGGUCCGGAUUUUUACGGAGGAAUCCCGGGGAGAUCUAUGGGGAAUUCUGGGACCAUGGGAAAUAACCAGCAGGCGGUGCCUUACCGAACGCAAAUCCCGGGGAUGUUUAUGGACUCGACGCCGCAGAUCAUGAACCAACCAGCACCUGGUUUUAUUGGGAAGAGAAAUCUGGGUGACUUCCAAACGCAGAGUAGUAUCUUCCUCCGGGCUGUUAAGCCGAGGAUGGAACAACAUGCGUCGCCGAUUUCUCCGCUUUCUCCUAUUGAUUCCUCUAUGUUUUCCAGGAAUUUGUGUUCCCCUGUUUCGUCUGUUUCCAUGUCGCAGCGAUAUGGGGCGUCGCUUUUGCAGCAAUUGAGGCCGCAGCCUAUUUCUAUGGCCGGGUCUGUGCCCACAACACAGCCGGAGAAUCUGAGUGCUUUGCCAGGGGUUCCGUAUGUGAACCCGGGUCAAAUACGGGUUGCGCCGCCGGAGACGGAGAAGAAGAUGAUGAAUCGGCUUCAGGAGUUGGAGAAACAGCUGUUGGACGACAACGACGAUGAAGGGGAUGCCGUUUCUGUGAUUACGAAUACUAACAGCGAGUGGUCAGAGACAAUACAGAGCCUGAUCAGCACGAGUCCGCAGACAAUUUCCACCUCGCCCACAUCCUCCUCUACAUCGACGUCUUCCUCCUCGUCAUCGGUGGUUUCCCCGGCUACGAACUGCUCGAAGCAGACCGUAAUAGAGGCUGCAUCGGCAAUUUCAGAGGGGAAAAUGGACGUCUUUAACGAGAUCUCCACGCGACUGGCUCAAGCCUCGAACCCAAAAGGUAAUUCAGAGCAGAGGCGGAUGGAGUAUAUGACAUUGGCCCUGAAAUCACGUGUUAACCGGGUUGAGAACCCACCCCCGGUUACAGAGUUGCUCAGCCAGGAACACGGUGCGGCAACACAGUCUCUUUUUGAUCUCUCCUGGUGCUUCAAGCUUGGUUUCAUGGCUGCCAAUCUUGCGAUUCUGGAAGCCACUCUCGACGGCCAGUCCAACUCUAACAAAUUUCAUGUAAUCGAUUUUUCUAUCGGCGAUGGAGCGCAGUACGAGUAUCUCUUUUACAGACUGAGUCAGAGCAGGAAGCCGGCAAUGGUGAAAAUUACCGCCGUCGCAGAUAAUGGCAUCGAUUUUGGGCAGAAGAUUCUCCCACAUGUUGAGUUGGGACAAAAACUGCUCUUUCCGGGCAAAGUUGAGAAACUCCGAAGCCGACAAUCGAUCAGAAAUAAAAUCGAUGAGGGUGGAUACCAUCACAUCCGCAAGGCUGGAUGUUAAGGCUUCCAUUUGUUCAGGGUUUGUGGAUAUUUGGGCUGUUUCACCAGCUCAAACCACAGUAAGAGUUUGUGCAGCAUUUUUUAUUUUCUAGUGGAAAGGCCGGCCUCUGAUCUACUGUGGUUUGAAAGGGAAAAGGCAAAUUAGGGCAAGGAAGAAGAAAAGGGUAUAUUUGUA